AUGGGGAUCUUUUUCAAUUCUAAUCAUAGUAAUAAAGAGAUAGAAGAACAAACUGAAAUCAACGAAAACUUUGAAAUAGGAGGUGGGAUUCAGGAUAGUGCUUUAGAUUUAGACUUUCUCAACAAAUCAAAUACUCAUGGAGUAGGUAAACCUCAUCCUCCCGCAUUCAGGGAUGAAGCACUGAAAGGGGGCAGUAGGUCUCGAUCCAUUAGUUUGUCAAAGUUCCUAUUCUCAAAGGACCACGCUAUAUCUUCGGCAAGUUCUUCUGCUUCGGAAGCCAAUCCUUCUCAUACAUCCUCAAUACAAAAUAUUAAUUUGAAUCAAUCCAAUGAAUCAGAGUUAAAAACGCAUCCAAUACAGAACCAAAAUUCUAAUCCGCCUGAUAAUGAUGAUUUAAUAGACAAUCAUCCUAAAUCCGAUUCGGAAUCGGAUCUAAGCCAACCUCAGCUACAACAUCUUCCACCGGCAAGACCCCAGAGUUUAGGCAAGUUACGUUCCUUUUUUCGCUUGUCCUCAACCUCCAUAAGCCUGAAUCAAAGUAUCGGCCAAACUACUCCUCCUAUAUCAGAAUCAAUUCCGGAAUCAAAUGAUGACCAAAUUGGGAGACAUUCAGCACCAGCACAAAAGAGAAGGUUUACCUUGGGAAGAAUUAGAUCGGAUUCUGUUCCAAUAUCAAGCUUAUUCCAUAGAGGAAUAACUCCUGAUGCAGAACCUUCCACCCCAUCAAAUUCAGAUGGAUCAACGGUGAGCAAGAGCUCGGGUGGUCCAGAAGGUUCAACAGAGGUUCCUACAAAACCCAAAUUGUUGAUAGAUAGUUCCAAAGAACCACAUAACAACAAUGAUAAACUAGCUAGUCCUGUGGCUUACUCAAAUGCUUACUUUGCUCAUCAAGGACUUCCUCCACACUUUUCUCAUAAAGCAAAACAUUUAGAGAUAGAGGAAGCUGCCUCUCUGUUGCACGGAAUAUCUGUGUCGUUGAGACAUAAUGAAUCACUUGCAGAUUUCCAAGAUAGUGUAAUCAAACCACCUAAAAUCACUGGUAACUAUGAAGAUCCAGUAAUAUUGGAAAAGGAAGACGAGGAUAAAGAUGCAACUUCAAUUUAUGCUACACCAAAGAAAAGUUUUUGCAAGAAUCUACAAGACUCUCCACUUCGCGAUCUGGCUUCACCAUCUCUGGUCACAGGUGACCAAAUUCCUCAACUGCCUACACCCGUCCGUCCCGGUAAUCUUUUACAGGCUUCUGGUAUUCAAAGAACGUUAAGAAGGGUUGCCUCGGCUCCUUUGGUCAGUCGUUUGCUUAGUGAUUCUAAGCGAUCUUCUGCUGAUUUAGCAGAAUCUCGUCGCUUUGACAGACCAGAUCAAACCGGGGAUAAUGCUAAAGAACCUUCAACUAGUGAUAUUCCAUUUGAUAUCAGUGCUCACAUAGGUGAAAUUAAAGUUCUGGAUAGACCAAAUACGAGCUCCAAUUCAGGAAGAAAUUAUAGUCAUGCACUGACAAAGGUGCUUGAAGCCCAUGUCAAUGAGAAUAGCUUUGAGAGGAUACGGUUACUAGGAAAGGGAGAUGUUGGUAAAGUGUAUUUGGUUAGAGAGAAGGCUUCUAACAAAUUAUAUGCUAUGAAAAUAUUAAGUAAAAAGGAGAUGAUUGAACGGAACAAAAUUAAAAGGGCAUUAGCUGAGCAGGAAAUCUUAGCGACUUCAAAUCAUCCGUUUAUUGUUACCUUAUACCAUUCUUUCCAAUCAGAAGAUUAUCUAUAUCUUUGCAUGGAAUAUUGCAUGGGAGGAGAAUUCUUUAGAGCUCUACAAACCAGGAAAAGUAAAUGUAUUGCAGAAGAAGAUGCAAGAUUCUAUGCUGCUGAAGUUAUUGCAGCUUUGGAAUAUUUACAUUUAAUGGGGUUCAUUUACAGAGACUUAAAGCCGGAAAACAUUCUCCUUCAUCAAUCUGGUCAUAUUAUGUUAAGUGAUUUUGAUUUGUCAAAGCAAAGUGAAAGUUUAAGCAAUCCUGUAAUCUCUUUCAGCAAAACUUCACAUGGCUUGUCCAAUUCAAACGAACCAACAUUGGAUACCAAAGUGUGCAUUGAUGGCUUCAGAACUAACUCAUUUGUUGGAACAGAAGAAUACAUUGCUCCUGAAGUCAUACGAGGAGAGGGACAUACCAGUUCAGUUGACUGGUGGACAUUAGGUAUAUUUAUCUAUGAAAUGCUUUACGGUACAACCCCUUUCAAGGGCCGAGACCGUAGAAGAACAUUUGCAAAUAUAUUGAAAAAUGAGGUGAAAUUUCCCGAUUCCAAGCCAGCUUCUUCAACAUGCAAGAAUUUGGUUAAAAAGUUGCUUACUAAGGAUGAAAACAAACGGUUGGGUUCAAAAACAGGUGCUUCUGAAGUGAAAAUCCAUCCAUUCUUUAAGAAUACCCAAUGGGCACUAUUAAGAAAUCAAAAACCACCAUUGAUUCCAAUUAUUUCUAGAUCAAAACGACCAGAAGAUCAGAGCACAUCUGAAUCUAAAUCAACUAAAGACAUUGACACAGAAUCAGAGAAACCAAAAGCCUCAGAAGAGUUACCAGAAGCUGAUGUUGUUUUACCACACAAACCCAAGCAAAACGAUCCUUUUGCUAAUUUCAGCUCUGUCUCGUUACAUUAUAACGACGAGAGUGGGGAUCAAGCUUUGGAGUAUUCCACGGAUGUAUACGCUAGCGUUGCAUAUACAAUCACCAAUUCUGGAGGUACUCCUAAAAAGGGUUUUUUAAAGAGGUGA